CAUGGUGAAUCACAUGACUUGCAGCAUGAAAGUCAGGUGGUAUGUAAUCGGUGCGACGUAUUGUUUUGUAGGAGGUGUGAUUUUGGAUACGGGUAUUUCAUCUAUAAAGUCAGUUCUUCGUUAAUUAUUAUUGAAUACGGUAUAAUAAUGAGGUAUUUGCAGACACAGUGAUACGUAUAAAUGACAGGGAUCAGCCGAGAACACACUUUUUUUGUGUAUGACACAUGCAUCAACAAGAAGGAGGAGGAUGAUCCAAAGGAUGCUAUUGUUUAUUUUCAUCCUAACACUGUUUCUAUUGACCUGCAAUGUAUGCUUUGCGGCCAGUUGGUUGGGGCCAUUGGCUUCAUUACCAACAUCUCCACAUCAUCGCCAACGCUUGUUAGGAUGAAACAGACAAAAUUUGCUAUCAGCUAUGAGGGGGUUUAUGUCAUUGCUUUAGCUGGUAGUCUGGAAUUACCAAACGAGACUCUGAUGAAUCGACUUGGUGCCCUCUAUAGACUUUUCUCAUUAUUCCAUGGCUCCAUUACCAAGGUUCAACAGGAGUCUCUGAAUAGAGACUUCUUCAUCUGCACUAUGAAAGAUAUCUGGAGCUGUUAUCUACGUUUUGUUCAUCGUCAUGGCAACUCUGUGAUGUCCUUAUUUGAGUCCAUUCCAGCUGUCAAUAUUCCAAAGAAUGUGGGGAGUUUGUUCCUGAAAGCAUCUCAUAUCUUGCAGAGUUGUCGCCGUCACCAUGGCGUCCUGGCUGGCUGUAUACUGUACAAAAACAGCGUUCUUUGUAAUGAAUUUCCAGCUCCGCUACUGUCAAGUUUGUUGAUCCAGGCACCCAAUCGUGGGCAUUUGCCUUUUUUAGCAGCUGAUACUGAUUUUCCACUACCAAAGGGAAUUGCUAUCUUAUCUGUUUAUCUGAGACCUGAAGAAUUUAAUAUCAUCUGUCAUGAGGAGUCUGUGGUUAUUGAUCAACAGCCAGCUUCAACAUCAGUUAUAGAACCACUAAAUAUCGAUUCUAAUUUAUCUAAAAACAAUCAACAAAUUCCAAAAGAAGACGGUUCACUAGAUAUUAAACUUUCUUUGAAAGAUUCUGGAAUAAGUCAUCCUACCAAGGCAAGUGAUCUUGAGGUUAUCAGAAUAGAACAGACAUCUCACAGUUCAGGUGAAGAUGAUGGACAUGUUAAAGGCAAGGGUGACACACUACAUAUGGGUGAUAGUGUCACUGGUUCUACUGUUCUACCAGAGUGUGUUAGAUUUAUUGGACUUGAAGAGACAUCACAGAAUGAUAGUGACAUCUUAAAUGACAGGAAACCUGCAAAAGAGGGCGGUACUUUAGAACCGGUGAAGUUAAAUAUGCACGAUUUGCAUGAUAUAAAUAAUUUUCAUAAAUUGAAUUCAGGCACAAUUCUCAAUAAUAUAAAAUGUGAACCAUCUCUUCCUGCCCAGAAAGUUAUAAAAGACAUCACUGCCACAAAGAAAAUUCAAGGUGUAGGUGAAGAGACAUCAGAUCUGUCGACAUUGGAGAUUAAGGAAGUGGAACUUGGUGAUGUUGUUUCUGGUACUGUGAACAAAGUACUAGGAAAUGUUGACAACAAACGUAGCUUUGAAAUUCAUUCUGUAUGUGAGAAUGACAGUCAACCAACAGAAGCAUACAGUGAAGGAAAAUCCAGCACUGAAAUUUAUUGUAAUCACACUGCAAAAUUUAGAGGUCUACAAACUGAGUGUUCCCCUUCCACACAACAGAAUAUACACAUAUUGACUGAGGAUUUGAACAUUUGUUCUGUUUGUGAAAAGUGUAGAUAUCAAAAUAAGUUAGAGUAUUCAAAUAAUGAUUUAACCAGUCAAAACCAGGUUAAAGAGGUUUCUGAAUACUUAGCUCCUAAAGAAUACUCUGCAACUGGAAAUACAACUUCCAGUAGCCUGCAAACAACACAUCAGAACAACCAAAAAGAUGUUGCAGGUCUACAUAAAGCUGAAAUUGAUAUCCAAACUAGUAGACAUUCCACAGACUUUGAAGCAGCUUCAUCAGAAGUUGAUAUAAAACAACCUUGUGAACCAUCAAGUGAUGAUAGUGUUCAUCAUGUACCAUCAGUUACUGGAAAGCACCAUUAUGCACCAUCAAUUACAGGAGAGCAACAUCAUGUACCAUCAGUUAGUGGAGAACAUUUUUCUGUGCCAUCAGAUGCCAAGUUUGAUGGCAAGGGAUCCUUUGAACCAAUGAAGGCAUCGGAUGAAUUGUAUCAAUUAAAGAAAUGCAGCCUAUAUGUGCAGGCACAUUCUGAAAUGGUACUCCUUGCACUAAUGGACUACAAACUCCGAGAUAAUUCUCAUGUCAUAAAUAAGUUGUGGAAGAUGGCACUUCCAUUGAUGGGUGAUUUGGAGGCAGAACUAAACCAAGUAGUGAAUUCACCAGUAUUAGUGGAUGAGACAAAGACUUACAGAUUCAUUCAGUUUAACCAGCUUGAUCAGAGGCUCCGAGGUGUAAACUUCACUGAGAAGAGUCUGGUGGCAUCAUCAUCAUUUUCCUCCCCACUUCAAAUAAUGAGUGAUCAGUUUCAGCGAAAUGCCAGGAUAUCAGAUCUGACCUUAAGAACAUCAGAGUCUGUUAUUUAUGGACACCAGAAUGCCAACACACGAACAUUCUUCCAGCCUACUAACGUCACAUGGCCAAUUAAAGGAAUUCCGUCACCGAGAGAUCUAGAUUUUUGCCUCGAGCAACGAACAAGGAGAAAACUGUACCGUGAACAUAACGUCAGCGUCAUUUGAACAAAAACUGUUGAUGAUUACAUCUUGAAAACCCUCUAAUAUUCAGUUUUAUGAAAUAUAUUUGCCUAUUAAAAUGGAUUAAAUAUGUUGUUGAUUUACACCAUCAUUCCGCAAACAUAUUAGACAGACGACCAACUUAGGAAAUUUGAGUAGCAACCCAGUGACCACUUAAGCAGACGCAUAAGUCGAGAAGAGCUAGAUCUAUAUCGUGCUUACAUUAUGGAACACAUUUCCUUUCAAUUCAAUUUCCUAAAUUUCAAUUAUCAAGAAAAUCUUUCAUUAUACAGUCAAGUUUAACACUGAAUAUUAUUUCAAAAUAACACGUUUUUGUUUAUUAAUGGUAAUAAUAUAUACAAGAUCUAGCUGAUUUUUAAUGAUUUAUGUCAAUUUUGUUACCCACCAAAAUAUUUUGGUGGCCCACUUGAGUUUGAAGAAUAUAUAUUGUGGUAUAAUUAUAGCAUUACUGCAAGACAUUUUAGUGUUUAUCUCUGUAUUGUGCCAUGAUUGAUUUUUAAAGUAUCCUUUAGUACAGUAGAUCCUGUUUGCUGCUUAAGUAAAUGUAUGAUGAGGACAUGUAUUAUUGAUCCCUGUUAUUGGUGGCGCAUCGAGAACUAGUCAAACGCGUAACAGGGGUCUUGGGUCAGGGAGGGACAAAGGUAAUAGUUUUCCUGGCUAGUAAUUUAUGACCCGGUGUGAUACCCUC